GCCUGUGUGGUGCACUUGGCGGCCACUGGGGACCAGACCUUUGGACGGCGGCUCCGUCUAGGGUUCCCGCUUCUGAAAGACAACGUGUGUUCGCUGGUGCUUGAGAGCCCUUUUUACGGCGCCCGCCGACCAGCCGCGCAGCGCGGCUCCAAAUUGCUGCGUGUGUCUGACCUGCUGACUCUGGGCUGGGCCACUAUUGCUGAGAGCAUCAAUCUGCUGCACUGGCUGCGAGAGGAGGGAUACGGGGCACUGGGCAUGUGCGGUCUGUCUAUGGGCGGAGUGCACGCCAGCAUGACGGCGGGGCUGUUCCCCGGGGAUGUGGCGGUCACACCGCUGCUGGCGCCUCGGUCCGCGGCGGUGGCCUACUGCGACGGAGCCAUGCGGGCCGCCAUGGCCUGGGAGCCCCUGUUGAAGGAGCUGAGAGCGGGUGAUCGCCGGCUGGACCGACCGGAGACGGUGUUGCGGCUGAAGCAGGUGCUGGAGACGUACACGGACAUCACCAGGUACCCCCGCCCUAGGCGCACCGAUGCAGCGGUCAUUGUAGCUGCCCGGGACGACGCUUACGUGAGCUGCGAGAGUGUUCAGCAGUUGCACCGCUACUGGCAGGGCAGCGAGCUGAGGAUGGUGACGGGCGGCCACGUCAGUGCCUUUUUGAUGCACCAGGGGGUCUUCAGGGAGGCGAUCAGGGAGUCCUUGGUGAGGGUC